GAGCUUGUAAUGUCAACGCUCGCACAUUCUAAACGAACCUCAAUUUUACACCGACGCGAACCGUCGGUUCCACAUGAGGUCAAAGAAACAUUAGAUGCAGUUGUAACCGAAACUCAAGAUGGAGAACGUUGUAUAAACAACUACGUUUUAAAAGAAGUAAUUGGACAUGGCGCUUAUGGCACAGUGAUUUUAGCCUAUAACAAAGAAACCAUGAUGAAUUAUGCUGUCAAAGAAUUCAGCAAAUCACGACUUCGCAAAAAAGAUAAGGCAAACUACUUUCGUCGUCCGCGCGGCAGAGGGAUUCGAGGACGAGGAGGCGCACCAGUAAGCAAUACAACGAAUACAUCAGAUCCCCUAUAUUUGAUUCGUAGUGAAGUUGCUGUAUUCAAGAAGUUGAAUCAUGUUAAUGUGGUAAAAUUAUACGAAGUAUUGGAUGAUCCGAGUAACGAUUCUCUUUAUAUGGUAUUCGAAAUGUGCGAGAAAGGAGUUCUCAUGGAAGUUAAUACCCAGAAAAAAUCUACCCCAUUUCCCGAAGAUAAAAUGCGGCUUUAUUUCAGAGAAAUGAUACUUGGUUUUGAAUAUCUACAUGAAAAUGGAAUUGUUCACCGGGAUAUUAAGCCCGACAAUCUCUUAUUGUCAAAAGAUGAAGUGCUUAAAAUUGUAGAUUUCGGUGUAUCUGAAAUAUUUGUCAAGGGAAAUGAUAAAUUGAAGAAAUCUGCCGGUAGUCCGGCUUUCAUGGCACCGGAACUUUGUGUAGCUCAUCAUGGCGAAAUUUCUGGACAGGCCGCAGAUAUUUGGUCCAUGGGAGCGACUUUAUAUUGUCUUGCCUUUGGACAGUUACCUUUUCCGAAGGAAAACAUUGUUGAUAUGUAUGAUUCAAUAAAACAUGAUGAAAUCGAAAUUCCGGAAGGUACAGAUCCCGAUCUAGCUGAUCUUCUUAGUAAAAUUCUUGAGAAAGACCCAAAUAAAAGAAUUACAAUGCCUGAACUUCGUGAACAUCCAUGGGUAACUGAAAAAGGAAGUGAUCCACUUAUAACUAAAGAAGUGAAUUGUGCUGAUAUGGUUACCGAAAUUACAGAUGCAGAAUUUAAUUCGGCUAUCAAAACAAUUAGCAUUGGUACUGCUAUCACUGUGAUUGUAGCUGGCAAUAAAUGGAAGAGAAUGUCUAAAACACAUCAAAGUAUGUCAUCUAGAGAUUUUGCAAACCUAAAAAUCGUGGAUACUAAUGAUAGUAAAAAAGAAAACGAGGAAACUAGUACCACCGAAACUACAACGGUUUCGUCACCUGUUUCAUCCGAAUAA